AUGACACAGAGGGGAACGCCUAUAGGACCACUGCCUGGGGGUCACCAGGGUGCGUCUAAAGCUGGCGCUGGGCGUGGCAGCAUUCGGACCGCCCGCCGAGCGCGAGGAGCUGCACGAUCACCUAGCAGCCCCCCGCAUCCAUCAUCCCCACCAGAAGGCUUGGUGUUGACUGGUUCUUCUCGAACUCAGCAAGCGGCACCCAUCGCUGAUGGAGCACGUCGCAUGCGUUGGACAAAAACUAUGAACCAAAACGCAUUUCGGGUGUACUAUAGGACGAAAGGGGAAGAAACUGCAGGGACAGCAUAUAGGGCUUGGAUGCAUUGCUUUUUUGCUGAGCUGGAGCCAUCUAUUCCCGUCAAGGAACAAAACCUGGCAGACCGAGCUUGGUACAUCACGCGUUCGAAAAUAUUUGAUGAUGUCGGACGCGAACGACUAUGA